GGACGGUGCUGUGGGACCGGCGGGUCGAGCCGGGUCGGGGCCUCCCUAGGCGGGCCGGGCCGGGCGCUCCCGGGGGACCAGGCAGGGCCGUCCCGGCAUUGCGGGCAGCGCUGUGGAUGGAAAAGAAGAGUUCAUGCUUACUGGUUUGCUGAAUAGCUGAGGCUAAAUAGGCGUGAAGGAGGCUAUAGUGGGGAUGAGAAGUGUCAAAAGAGAAGAAAUGAAUCCUAUAAAUGAUGAUCCAGUGUUUGGGACCAUUUUUGACUGGGACUAUCUCUUAUGGGAAGUUCGUUUGACAUUUUUAGCUGCUGGUUUUUUAAUCUACUUGGGAGUAUUUCUUCUGUCUCACUGGUUGUCUUCUUGGAGAAGUACCACUUACCGUGCCUUAUAUGCAAAGGAGAAGGUGUUUUGGAAUAUGGCAGUCACACGUGGUGUGUUUGGACUUCAGAGUUGUGUUGCUGGGUUAUGGGCUUUGCUCAUAGAUCCUGUUUUUCAUGCUGACAAAGUCUAUUCACAGCAAAAGUGGAGUUGGUUUAACUGUUUAAUAGCAGCUGGAUUUUUCUUGCUUGAAAAUGUAGCAGUUCAUGUGUCGAACAUUAUUUUUAGAACAUUUGAUGUUUUCUUGGUAGUUCAUCAUUUGCUUGCUUUUGGUGGCUUGGCUGGUUUAGUUAUCAAUGUGAAAUCUGGACAUUAUCUGCCUUUGAUGGGAAUGUUGCUGGAGAUGAGUACUCCCUCAACGUGCAUUUCCUGGAUGCUUCUGAAGGCUGGCCAUGCUAACACCUUUUUCUGGAAGGCAAACCAGUGGGUGAUGAUCCAUCUGUUUCACUGCCGCAUGAUUCUUACCUACCACAUGUGGUGGGUGUGUAUUUUCAAUUGGAAUUCCAUCAUAGAAAAUCUGGGACUUCUUCACUUUAUUGUUUUAUUCUCGGGAUUAUUUGCUGUUACACUAAUACUUAACCCAUACUGGACAUACAAAAAAACUCAGCAACUCCUCAGCCCAACUGACUGGAACUUUGAAAAUAAAGCAAUGGAAAAUGGAAAAUUAAAUGGUGAGACACAUCAAAAGAAGGGGAUAUAGCACUGAAACAGCAAUGUCCCAGCAAGGUAACAGAAGAAUACAAUGCGAAGUCGUUCUUUGCACAUGAACUAGAAGAUUUUGCAAGAUGCUCAUUGACACAGUGACUCCUUGCUGGUAGCAUUCUGUAUGCAUCACAAGUGUUGAAAAGCAUUGUUUGUGUUUCUUACGUGCAUACAUAUAAGAACUUCAACCCCUGUUACAAAUUACGCCAACAGUUUGUCAGGUUGGACAAUAUUUCCUAAUUUAGUAGUGAUGUGCUCCCUAAUGCCAUCUUUUUUCCUAAUGCUUCAAAGUGGCUUUACAGUUAAGUCAUCUAUUAAGCUCAGCUUGAAUCAAGUUUAGCUGGAAUCCUAUUCCACAUAUGGUAGAGAUGCUGAUACUGAAAAUUAUGUUAAAUUGUUUGUUAAGAUCAAUAAUGAUCCAAGUUAGGUAUGCAUGGGUACCUAAUUCCUGUGUGCCAGUGAAUCAUUCCAAGUGGCAGAACCGGUCAGUGGUAGAAUGCCAUCAUGGCCCGGGUUUGGGUUUUGUUGUUGUUUGGUUUGUGGGUUUGGGGUUUAUGGGUAUUUGUUUUUGUUCUUUUUUUCUUUUAAGUGCACUUAAGGAACAGGAAAAUAACUGUUUGAGUGUUUGCUGUCAAAGUUGUAGUUUUCAGGUUGCCCUCAGUAUGGGAGGAGUUCAUAUCCAUCAAAACCAUACCUGUGGAGAUCCAUGCAUUUGCGAAAUGAGUGGUCUAGUAGGUAAUCAUAGUGGCCCCUUUUGGACUUGAAAUCUAUGAAAUACAAGGGGCAACACCAGAAGGUGACUCUGUAUUGUCCUUGAAAAAAAUGCUGCUUGAUUAGUAAAAUUAUUUUGUUUGUAGGUCCCACAUGAGGGGUCAUGCAGUUGGUUCCACUAGUGCUUCUGUUAUGGUUCCUCUUAUUUUUUGGAAUGCACUUACACUUAGUUUUAGAUGGUUUCAGAAUCUGAGGUGACUCCUCUGUGGAGGAAAGCCUGUAUCACCUCCUGUAGGAGUUUGGUUAAUAUUUUUAUUUAACUUUAAAGAACAUACCAAGAGACACUAACAAUCCUUUGCACUUUAUCUGCCACAUCACAAAAAUCUUUCCUUGACCUGAGAAACUGGGUUGCUCUUUAGAUAGGGACUUACUGGUUGAUGGCUCCUGGGCGAAAUGUUGGGAAGUGGAUGGAGGGAUACAGAUCACGAUAGAAGAGGGUGACGCCUAGUGGCAGGAGAAUGACAGAAUGACAGGUAUUAAUUUUGGUGCAUGGAACUAAUGAGAUUAAAAAAAAUGGUUAAGUGGAACUCUGUGUGACAUGACUGCUACACAGAUUUAUUUCCCAAAGCAUUAAGACUGGGUGAGCCCAAGUUGUGAAGAAUUCAUGGUCAAGCCAUGAAUUAGAGACUUUGUGGACUGAUCUGUGGUGGAGCAUAUUGUUUUAAAUGUGUGAGGGAAGCACUCUUUGGUGUAAACAGCCCCAUUUUAUUAAUUUUUGGUGGGAAUGUCUUUGAUUUGUUCUGAGUGAAGGGAGUGGUCAGGUUGCUGUGUUCCCUAAUUUACUCUGUGUGAGCACAGAGUUGAAUUGCUGUUCGAUGAGGGAGAGGAAGCUUCUUACUUCAGGUCACAAAUAUAUAGCCAGAUCUUGUUGAUAAUGAUGAAGUGGUGAAUAUCUGAAACUGCCUAUUCAAAACCAGGGUGAGAGGUUAUUCACAGUUAUUAUACACAGCAACCCUGUCUGUUAUUGUGCUGAUAUUUAAUAGAUAAAAUCUAAAUCUUACCUUCUUAUUUCUAAGCUGGGCAGAAUGAAGUUGCAGUGUUGCUUGUCUGGGCACCAUCCUAUAAUAAAAAGGGUUCUCAAAAGCUUGAAAUGAUGUACCUGUCCUGAGGAGUUGUGUGUGGGAGAGUAAUGUUAAAAGUACUUCGGAAGAAACCAGAGGGUUGAAUUCCUUUGCAGUGGAACCAAAAAAUAUGAUCUGAAUGCAUAUCUUGCAGAAUCCAAACCUCACUUGCAGGAGUUGCAGGGAGAAAGAGAAUAAGUCAUCAGGUUAUCAGAAUGAUGGUGUACUCUAUGAAGCUUAAAACUUGAAGGUUUGGAUUCAAUAAAACAAGGUCAUAAUUGUUAAAAUCUUAGCUACAGAAUUCUGAAGAAUCCUAACAGAAAAUGGAAGCAUCACAAAAAGUUUGGGAUGAGUGUGUAAUUCUUAUAGUGGCUGGCUAAAGAAUGUGAAUUUCCUGUGUGCUAAAAUAAAAGAAUAUGGAGGGUGGGGGUUAGUAGUGAAUUAAGACUGAAAAAAGACAGGUGGAAAUUUAUGUCAUAGCACCAGAUGUCUAAAGUUUAAUAUUUUAUACUCUUAAUUUGUAUAAUUUUAUUAAGUGAAUUUUAAAUCUUGCAUUAAAAUUAUGUUUUAGCAUCAUAAUGCAGUCUUCUUAGUUUGCAUCCUAGUGUGAGUUUUUUCACAAAAAGACUGUUGGGCUUUACAUAUCUUAACUACAUAAUGAAUAAUACUUUAGAGCCUCUGUUAACCAAAACACUGGUAGAACAAGAAAGCUAUGCAAUAAAGCAAAUAACAGCACUUA